AUGUCCACGCAGUUGAUAAAGUCACAUUCACUUGCAAUCGGUCAAUGGAUCUUCGUUCAACUGUCGACCAGAGUGUUCUUGGCACAAGUAUGGACAAACAGAGAGAUCUUUCAAGAUACAUUCGUUCAAUGCAAUCCUUUCAUUUGGUUACAAGACUAUAGCACUGUUGACAACAAACAAGUCACUCCUACAUCAUCUCACAAUGAGGUUGAGCGCAUUAUCAAUAUACAUGCUGUCCCUGCCGAUCAUCUCAACACAAUCCUAUCAAACAUAGACGUUGAGAUACUUGAUCAUGAUGCCUUUAGACCCUUCUCACGAUCGACUCUUCAUCAACAUAUCAAAGCAUUACUCAAGGACAGAGUAGUUGGCAAUGGAUUCACUAUUGGAGGUCACUGCCAACAUCCCAUUCUUAAGAUCAUCAGUGUACAUAACAACAUCAAGAUUGGAAUGGUUCACUCAUCAACUGCAAUCAACAUUACAAAUGCAUCAACUGAUGAUCACUCUGACGGCCAAUCACAUCGUGCUAUAGAAGAGUAUAUAAAUAGUGCCAAGCGAUCAUUGGACAGUAGACGAACAAAGUGCAUCACAGGCGCAAUAGCAGUUGGAGGAUUGGAUCGUCACUUUGCAUUGCUCGAGGAGAUGAUUGUGUUUCCCAUAAUCUUUGGACCAGUCUUUCGACAUCUGGCCGUACAGCCACCCAAGGGUAUCCUGCUCAAGGGAGAGCCAGGCACGGGCAAGACACACCUCGUUCGAACUCUCUGCACAUACUACAACAUACAUAUGAUUGCGGUCGAUGCCACAAAGAUCAGUGGAACAUACAUUGGUGACACUGAAGCACAUCUGCGGCGUCUCUUCCAACAAGCUACCAACUAUGUGGCCGAUCACAAUGGAUUGCCAUGUGUCCUAUUCAUCGAUGAGAUAGACACUAUAUGUCCACCUAGAUCACAAGCAUCAAACAAUGAAUCAAGAGUUGUUGGACAAUUGUUGACACUCAUGGACGGAAUAGAGUCCAGAGGAAAUCUUGUUGUGAUUGCAGCAACAAACAGACCAAACAAUGUUGAUCAAGCCCUGCGGCGACCUGGAAGAUUCGACCGUGAGUUAGAGAUCCCUGUCCCAGACAAGGCACAGAGAGUCGAUAUCCUUAAGGUCUACACCAAGACUCUACCAAUUGGUGAUGACUUUAGUAUUGACCAACUUGCUGAGGAAUGUGUUGGAUAUGUUGGAGCAAACCUUCAGUCAGUUUGCAGGGAUGCUGCAUUCAUUGCAAUGAAGAAGUUCGACAGCAACAGGGAAUCGACAAUCAAUACCAAAGCUUGUAUCCGAAUGGAUGACUUUAGGGAGGCACUGCGUCUGAAUCCUCCUAGCCUUCUUCGGGGCCAGAAUCAGAUGGGAGAGGUGCCUAAUGUAACUUGGGACGACAUUGGUGGUCUAGAAUCGAUAAAGAAGGAGUUACAACUGGCGAUUGAGUGGCCAAUGCUCCAUUCACAGGCCUACCAGCGGCUUGGACUCACACCACCCAAAGGCAUACUACUACAUGGUCCACCAGGUUGUUCAAAGACCACUUUGGUCAAAGCGAUUGCCAACAGUUCCAAACUAUCAUUCUUCACGAUGAGUGGUGCCAAUGUGUUCUCGCCAUACCUAGGUGAUUCCGAGGCCACCAUUCGCAAUGUCUUUAAGAAGGCAAGGCAAUCAACUCCAGCUAUCAUAUUCUUUGAUGAGAUUGAUGCCGUUGUGUCAAAGAGACAGAGUGGUGACACUGGCGACAGUGUCCAAGCGAGGGUCCUAUCAACAUUCCUCAAUGAGAUGGAUGGCGUCGAGCAACUAAAAGGUGUCAUCGUAGUUGGUGCAACAAACAGGUUGGACAUGAUUGAUAAAGCACUUCUAAGACCAGAGAGGUUCGACAAGAUAUUAGAAGUGCCACUCCCUGAUGUGAUGACCAGAUCCAAGAUCCUUGGGGUCAAGACAAGAGGUAUACCAAUGGAUAAUAGUGUUGAUUUGGAAUCAAUUGCCAAGAAUACACCUGGAUAUAGUGGCGCAGACAUUGAGAACCUUUGUAAAGAGGCAACACUGAUUUGUAUGCGAAGGGAUCUAAUGUCUGGCACUGUCUCGAUGGAGGACUUUAACAAGGCGUUGCUUGGGAAGAGUUAA